GCAACUGUGCGUCAACAAAGAGGCUUCGGCGCGGGAGAAGAACCUGGCGCUGUUUGUGAAUGGGAGGGCACGGAGUGGAGGUGGCUGCUGUUGAGCCAAAGUAGCCCAUCUUCUGGGGGGAGAGAGAGAGGGAGAGAGAAAAAAGGGGGGAUCAUAAGACGUUUGCACUUUUUCUCAAGUAGCAGAUUAUCACAUAGAAGCAAACAUGCCUUCAGAAACAGGGAAAACAGAUAUGGAGAGGAUUGGCCUCUUUAGUGAAAUGGAUUAUAUUACUGUUGGGGAUAAAUACGUCUCACCAUUUAACCGCCCCUUUAAUGAAGCUGCAAGCAAGAACAAGCAAAUGUUGCCAGGGGGUAACAAAGAGAAGGCUGCUACCCAGGCAGGUUACUUUGACCCUACGUUUUCAAGAAUAUUUGAAGGCGAAAGUUAUUUAAAUCCCGUUCAGCUAAGAAGACGAUAUAGAUUGGCAGAGUCCAAAAAAAACCUGGGAAGCAAAGCCUUCCUUCCCAGUAAUGGAGAGAAAUUUCCUUGUGGUGUAGGAACUUACUAUGGAACAAUUGGAGGUCCAUGUGCCUACUUUAGUGCACAAAAAAAGGACAGGAUACCAUAUGUUCAACCUGGGAAGAAUCUGUAUACCAAUCCCGGAAAAAAGGGAACUGGCUAUGGGUACCCAAAUCUCACCAUAGGUAAACCAUAUGCACACUCAGUUGAAUUAUUUGAUAUAGGAAGAAUAAACUUUAAGAAAACAUCUGAAGAACACCACCGUCUGAUGAAAGGUGGACCUUUCAAGUUGAAUCUUUAUCCCCGGGAGUAUUUCGAUAUGAAUCCUUACCAUGACGACAAACCAUUGCCACCACCAAAGACACAACCCGCACAAGUAGCAAUUCAGCACCCUUUUAAGCCAACUUCUCCAGCAAAGAAGGCAGGGGGCAUGAAAGCAGGCACAUUUGAUCCUUAUCCAACUCAUUCCACAGAUCCCUACAUAGUUAAGCUGCCUCGGCCUAUCACAACCAAUAAGCAAGGACAAGUAUAUCAUCCUUCUCCUGGAACUAAGAGCAGACCAAUAAGAAGUAUUAUGGCCGCAAAUGUUGAAAAAUCGUUAAACGUAACCAACUACACAAAUCCACGUGUGAUGUCGUACUAGCUGCACAAAAGCAAGGUGAAUGAACUUUCUAGACUCUGCAAACAGUAGCAUUUGAACAGUCUGAACGCAGCUCAAGUAAAUAAAUAAAAAAAAAGUGUGGCUGAAAGAAAUGUAUUAAAUGCAGCAACCCCUUUGUUGUAGCUGUAUUAUGUCCUGUACAUAUAUAAAGGAACAAAUUAAUAAUAUAUUUACUGAUAAUGUCUAUAAAAUGUCAAAUAUAUUUUGAUAUACGUUUUAUUU